AUGUCUUCAGUCGCCGCAACCGAACAUUUCCUUGAAUGCUUCGCUCAUUCUAUCGACCUCCGCCGCAAUAUUUCGAUGGAGCAGUUUUCCAAUAUUUCUCCAAAUAAGCGACAUACCACGCAUUUUAGACGCCAUUCUGCUUCGGAAAACUUGAUUAACUAUCGAUUCGCAAAUGAUGAAACCACUCAGCUAUCUCCUCGUACUGUCUCUAGCUCAAAAAUCCGCACCCUCGAGUCCAUCGAUGAGGCUCUCGCCAUUCCUUCAACGCCUCCACCACUGCCCCAUCACACUAAAGAUAUCUCUUGUGCCCGCCAGCCGCUGCCUCGCUUGCAAUCAUUAGGCUUAUGGAUGGACGUCAAAAAGAGCCCUACACCAAAGAGGGAGCCUCGAAGCAGGAAGACGAGCUAUGCCACGAUCAAAACAGACGCGACAGAUACCCAGCCAGCUUUCGAGAGUGAUGCUUUUGCUGUUCAGAUGCCAACAACAAGGGAACCGAUAAUCGAGCCUCUUGCGUUCUGGCCCAAGCAGCCUCGGGCUUUCCCGAAAUACAGACAAAAGGCCCAGCGCGGCGUAGAAAGAGAGUACAACAAGGAUUUUAUGUCCACUAAAACCAUUGAUAUUCGUGGCAACACGACAGGGCCUUCCCGGGAGGUUGAGUUAGACUUAAAUCCACCCGGAAGAUCACCAACAUUCUCACCAAAAGCCUUUCCAAACAGCUCUCCAUUACCAAAUCAUGAGUGGGCAACGCCAAGGGAUCAUGUCCACGGCCCAAGAUCGGUGAGCCAUUCAAGGCACAUCACCAACCCCCGGAGGCCCAUCGGCUUAACAAACAUCCACUCCAAAGACCAACUUCGAUAUCCAUGCGGUGACGCUGAAACUGUUGCUUCCGGCUCUGUCCUCUCUUUUCCACCGCCCAAGAUAAAAGUGAAGCUCAAAAGGAAGGUCCGGGAGGCUGACUACCCACAGAAGGAGUCGUGGUGGGGUUUGCACCAUCGCUCCUCACCUCAAUCUUCAACAGACAGUUCUCCCACGAAGUCUAGUUUCGCGUAUAACAAUCAAAACGAUGGAAUAUUCAGCAUAGAUACUGGCAAUAUCAUAAGAACCAUGGCUGGAGCUUCCAAUGUAACGCCCAGUGAACCAAAAAAGUUCAAUACAAAGGCUCUACAAGAAGGAGCCAGAACGAGUAGAUGGACAUGGAUGGGGUCCGCAGGCCCUGGCGCCAACAAGCUAUCCGUAACACGGGCACGUACUGCACCAACGACAGCAAAACUAAAUACUUAUGUAGACCCUUUUCUCCUUCACGCCACCCCAGCACCAGCGCAUCCAAAUACACCCACUGUUUCGCAUCCCAGCUCGCCGAAGAAGCUAGUCAGACCGCAUCAACUACCGUCGGUGGAUUUCGAGAAGGGGAAAUUUGACACGGGAGUUAGGCCGGUGGCGAGCCUUGGUUUCUUCGUUCUGAAGAUUUGCCUUUUGAUAUAUUUGCUUGUGGGGCUGUACUUCGUACUGGAUGCCAUCCGGGGUGUUCUGCAUGUGUUGGGGACGCCGUUUCGGCUGGUGAGGAUGGCAGGUAAAUUGCGCUUCAGGGCGGGUAGAGUGGGAGGUGAUGGUGAGGAAGCGGUGGGGCUUGCCCUCUUCGGCGGCUGGUAUAUCACUGUUAGAGAUUCUACGGACUUCUAG